AGCUGUAGAGAGAGACAAAGAAAAAGACUCUCUCUCCUCUCUCUCUCUUUCUCUCUCUAAAGCAGUUGGCUCUUUAGACUUAUUUUUUGGGUUUGCCUAGACUAGACGAAAAUUCAGAAAGGCAGAAACCGGACAGACCAAAGACCACUGGAGGGGUAUUCCGGUAAUUCCAACCGCUUCCUCUCUCCAUGUUCAUCUCCGGCAUCGACGACACCAACAUCUCCGGCGGCGGUGGCGGGGGAGGUCUCUGGGUCAGGGUGGCGCCGCCUUCCAACGUCGCCGUCGCCGUCGCCGUCACGGCCUUGGCGGGCUUCGCGGUGGUCGUCGCUAUGUUCUACACGGCCAGUAGAGCUCUUCGACGAAGCCACACUUCGUCUUCAAAUCCCUCUCCUUCUUCGUCGUCGUCGUCGUCAUCGUCAUCUUCAUCGUCGUGGAUUCAUUUGCGUUCGGUUCUAUUUGUUGUCACUUCUUCUUCUCCAGCUUAUUGUUCCCACUCUGAUCGGGGACGUCUUAAAUCAUCGUGGUCGCGCAGGAAAAGAAAACAUGCCCUUUUACCUCGGCAAUGGAGAAGUUUGUUUACACCAGAUGGGAAAUUACGUGGUGGCGGAGUGAAGUUCUUGAAAAAAGUUCGCAGUGGAGGUGUUGAUCCGAGUAUUAGGGCUGAGGUUUGGCCAUUCCUUCUUGGAGUUUACGAUUUAAACAGUUCCAAGGAAGAAAGAGAUCUAAUAAGAACUCAGAAAAGAAAGGAAUAUGAGAAACUCCGCAGACAAUGUCGUCGGCUUAUAAAACGCACCAAUGAGAGCUUUAAGUUGAAUGAAAUUGAUGGAAUCAGUUACGAUGGAGACACCAGAGGUUUUAUCCAUGAGAUGGAUUCUCCCAGCUCCGAAGACGUGGUUAGUGCCCGAGAGUCUCUUUCUAGUGAGGAAAGGAGCCCAGACGUUGAAUACUCAGGAGAUCCAUCCAGUACCUUGUUGGAUGGUGAUGAUAGCUCGAGGAGAAUCACUAAUGCUGAUUCCUCUACACUAAACACUGACUCAUCUGACUCAGAGUCCUCUGAAGACGCUGAAGUGACUCAAACUUUUCCCUCAUCUGAGAGUAGGGAAGAUGUUGAUCCUGGCAUGACCCCCAAGGAUGAUUCUCCUUCCAUAGAAGGCGGCCAAUCAAAACUUCCCACAGUUGAAGAUUUCACAACAUGGCAGCGGAUCAUUCGCCUUGAUGCAAUACGUGCUAAUUCAGAAUGGAUUCCUUAUUCCCCAACGCAAGCUAGUGUAUCAGAGGAUAGUGCACGUUGCUCUGCUGAAGCUGUUGGCUUGAAGGAUUAUGAUCACCUGGAGCCCUGCAGGAUUGUCCAUGCUGCUCGACUUGUUGCAAUUCUUGAAGCAUAUGCGCUAUAUGACCCAGAAAUUGGUUACUGCCAGGGAAUGAGUGAUCUACUUUCUCCUAUAAUUACUGUGAUGACCGAGGAUCAUGAGGCGUUCUGGUGUUUCGUGGGUUUCAUGAAGAAGGCCCGGCAUAAUUUCAGGCUCGAUGAGGUUGGAAUACGAAGGCAGCUGAAUAUUGUUUCUAAAAUUAUUAAAAGCAAGGACUCCCACCUUUACCGUCACUUGGAGAAACUCCAGGCAGAGGAUUGCUUUUUUGUCUAUAGGAUGGUGGUGGUGCUGUUUAGGAGAGAAUUGACAUUUGAGCAGACAUUAUGCCUCUGGGAGGUGAUGUGGGCUGAUCAGGCAGCCAUAAGGGCAGGAAUUGGAAAAUCUGCCUGGAGCAGGAUACGGCAACGAGCCCCGCCAACAGAAGACUUGUUACUCUACGCGAUUGCAGCUUCAGUGUUGCAGAAAAGGAAACUGAUAAUAGAGAAGUACAGCAGCAUGGAUGAGAUCUUGAGGGAGUGCAAUAGCAUGUCUGGGCAUCUCGAUAUGUGGAAGCUCCUAGAUGAUGCUCAUGACUUGGUGGUGACCCUCCAUGACAAGAUAGAAACAUCUUUCUCAUAACUGCAUAUUUUUGUUGGCUAAUUUCCAAACUUUGUUCUUUCUUGUGCUCUGCUGGUUCUACGCGGGGAUUUCGUUAUCGAGGGGGCCUGAGUAUAAGCACUCUCCAAAGGCGUGGCCGGGACAGAUUUCAGCAGUGGCGGCAAACAUUGAGGGGAGGUAAAAUGUCCAAAUGUGUUUUGGAUUUUUUAUUCCACUGCUUUUCUUCUUGUAUACACGAUCUCCCUUGAACAAACACUGAAUUGCCGCGGGCAGUAGAGGUUCGUUUUACCAACUAGCCUACCCAUUUGGGAUGGAGAAAAGCCAUCAAUUACUUGGCUUUAUAUUUAUCCCUAGAUUCUUGUUUCCUACUUUAUCAGUGAAAAAAAGUCCUAGAGAAUUGAAUAUAUUCAGGACGCGGAAUGAAUGAAUGGAUGGAUGGAUUAAUUCAAAUUU